UCGCGAUUCCUUUACCCUCCCCAUUUUCCCAGGUCCUAAUCCAAGAUGGCCAAGAAUAAAACAACAAAGCGCGAAAGCGCACCGGUCACCAAGAUUACCGACCCCCGUUUCGCAAAUUUCGAAACGGACCCAAGGUAUAAGCUGCCGUCGAAAAAGACCCUCAAGACCAAGAUCGACAAGCGUUUCUCGCGCGUGCUCAAGGAUGCCGAUUUCGUCGCCACCGCAAAGGUCGAUCGCUAUGGCCGGAAGCUGAAGACAGACACCAAGAAGAAGGCGCUGCAGCGACUCUAUGAAGAAGAGGAGGAGGACGAGCAUGACCCAGGGGAGGAUGCGCAGGUCGAGGACGAUGACAUUGUUCGCCGCGAAUUAGAGAAGGCCGACGCGAAAUACGAUCCGGCUCGUGGCGGCGGUUUCUCCUCUUCCGAGUCGGACUCGGAUUCGGACGAGGAUUCAGAAUCCGAAGCGGAACCGGAAGCCGAGGACGAAGAGGAGGAGACGCGGCCUGGCAUUCAUCUCCGCCGAGAGAAGCAGCAGGUCGAGGAGGGCGAGGUAACAAACCGGUUUGCCGUUGUCAACAUGGACUGGGACCAUGUCAAGUCCGUAGACCUCCUGGCGCUGUUUUCCAGCUUCGUCCCGCCUGGUGGUCGCAUCGAGAAAGUGUCCAUCUACCCUAGCGAGUUCGGAAAAGAGCGAAUGCAGCGUGAGGAGUUGGAAGGCCCUCCCAAGGAGAUCUUUAAGAAGAGCAAGGAAUCGGACGAUGAGGAUGACGAUGAAGACGACUCGGCAUCUGACAGUGAGAGCGACGACGAUGAUGAUGGCACGGGCGAUUCGGACGAGGAGGUCAAGAAAGAGCUGCUGAAAGAGGGCGACGAUCAAGAUUUCGACAGCGACGCGCUCCGGACCUAUCAGCUCGAGAGGCUGCGAUACUACUACGCAGUGGUAGUGUGUUCGGACAAGAAUACGGCGCACAAAAUUUACGAAGCAACCGACGGUAGUGAAUAUCUAUCGUCUUCCAAUUUCCUCGACCUCCGCUUUGUUCCGGACGAUGUGACGUUUGACGACGAGCCCAGGGACGAGUGCGACAGUGUCCCCGCUGGGUAUCAGCCCGUCGAGUUCACCACGGACGCCCUACAACACUCCAAGGUGAAGCUGACCUGGGAUAUGCACCCAGAAGAGGCGUCUAGAAAAGAGUCCAUCAAGAAGGCAUUCAGUGGGAGCCGCGCGGACAUCGCUGAGAACGACUUGAGGGCGUACUUGGCAAGUGAUAGCGAGAGCGAUGACGGGGAAGGUGACGAUGUUCCUGCGGAGGAACGGGGUGAGGACGGGGCACCGCUCAGCAAAAAGGAGAUCGCGAGACGCAAGAUGCGCGCAGCGCUGGGUCUCAGCGACGAACCUGCUCCAAAAUCUUCAAAUUCCGGGCCCGUUGGAGAGAUGCAGAUCACCUUCACCCCUGCCCUGUCCGAGAAGCCGAAGAAGGACGAAGCUGAAGAAACAACCAUUGAGAAGUACAAGCGCAAGGAGAGGGAGCGAAAGGAGAGGAAGAGAGCCAUGGCCCUUGCCAAGAGGGAAGGCAUCGAUCCGAAUGCGGUUCAGAAACCGCAGGCGGAAGGAGGCGAAGAAGAUCUAGGUUUCGACGACCCGUUCUUCACAGCCGAGCCAGUCAAACCUUCCAAAUCAGCUCUCCGCAAGGAGGAACGGCUGAAGAAGCGUGCCGCCAGGGAGAAGGAGGAGGCGGAGAAUGCUGCACAAAAGGCGCAGCUAGAACUGCUGAUGGCGGAUGAGAACGGCGGCGGCGCCCACCUUGACCACUUCGAUAUGAAGGAGAUCGCGCGGGCGGAGAAGCUAAAGGGAAAGAAGAAGAAGAAGGGCAAGAAGGUCGCUGAGAACAACGGGGGCCUGCAAGAGGAUUUCAAGAUGGAUGUCGAGGAUUCUCGGUUCAAGGCCGUGUUUGAAAACCACGAGUUUGCCAUCGACCCGUCGAACCCCAAAUUCAAGGCGACGCAGGGAAUGAAGAAGUUGUUGGAAGAGGGCAGGAAAAAGCGCAAGGCCGGGCCCGAGGACUCACCGAACGGCAAGCGGGAUCAGCGAGAUUCCAAGAAGGCCAAGGCGGACGGAGACCAGGAGCUCAGCACGCUGGUGGAAUCCGUGAAGAAAAAGGUCAAGGCCAAGAGGUAGUAAGUACUUACAGAGAGUUUUGACAGCUUAAUUACGCCUAAAAUCAAACAAACGCAAU